AAAAAUGUGAAUGAAAAAGAAGAAAGAAAGAGGAAAAAGGGGCGAAAGAAGAAAAGCUUUAAAUAAAAACCUGAGCGAUGGAUCAUACUUUGAGGCAUAGAUACACAUAGAUUGACAGCUCAUCACCUCACAACUUUUGGUCUUUCCUCUUCAGUAGAACAAGAUUUAUUUUUUCAUUCAUCAGCAAAACAAAAUAGAGAGGGCACUGCUCAAGGUUGCUGCAAUGAAGGGUGGUGGUGCUAAGAAAAAGGCCACGGCGGAUGCUCCUGCCGAGGUGGUGGAGCCUUCUGCUGCUGCGGAUUUGGGAGUUGGAGAGGGUGGAAGUGACAAAGUUCAAAGCUUUGAGGGGAACGAGGGUACCCAGUUGCGGAACGGUGAGGAUGAGGAACCCCAGGUGGAGGAUUCUGAAGGGGAGGGUGAGGAAGGAGAAGGAGAGGGGGAAGAAGAGUAUGGUGUGGAGGGAGAUGAAGAAGAGGAAAAUGCUGGUGGUGCUUUUCCAGGGGCUCAAGGUGUUGUUCUUGCUGAGAAUUUUUAUGAAGUUGAAGCUAUACGUCGUAAGAGGGUGCGCAAGGGUCAGGUGCAAUACUUUAUCAAGUGGAAUGGGUGGCCUGAGACAGCCAACACUUGGGAGCCACCAGAAAAUCUAGUUUCUGUUCCUGAUAUUGUUGAAGCUUUUGAGGAGAGCUUGAGGUCAGGAAGACACCGUAAGCGCAAACGCAAGCACGUGGUGCAUCAUACUCAACCCAAGAAGAGGCUGGAGCGUUCUACCACUCCAUACAGUCUUCGACGCUUUUCCAGUACUGUUGGAAACCAUUCACAGUCUGCUCUUCCUGUUCUUAGUGAUGCUAGCCUUCCUGUUAUUCCUGCCUUUCCUCAGACUGUUCUUUUUGCUGAUGAACUGGGAAAUGGUGCUGGCAGCAAUCUUGAAAGUGCGGCACCUGUUAUUGUUAACAAAUCUCCAAUUGUUUCAGAACAAAAUGUUGAAAGGAAUGAGGAAAAUGAUUAUGAUCCCAAGCUUAGUGAGCUUAAAGCCUCUUCUGCCUGUGGGAAUGACGCUGACAGGCUUGCAAUACGAAUUCCAGAGGCAAUGCCUUCUGGUCCUGGGUUUGCUGGCAAUAAUGGUCAAACAGCUGCUAAACCAAAGGUGGUUCGCAUGGAAACAAGUGAAAGUGGUCGCUGCCGAGGAGCCAAAAGGAGAAAAUCUGGUUCUGUAAAGAGGUUCAACAAAGAGUUAUAUGCUGGUGAGCCUGCCAAUACCCAAAACCCAAUUGGAGCAGCUGUUGGUAAAGAUGAGUCAGCACUACUAUCACGGAAUGCUGGUAGUGGUGGUAAUCAUGCCAGACCUGCUAGCAAUAUUGUAAAGAUUAUAAAACCAAUAGGCUAUUCAGCUUCCGUAGCCAGCGGAGCGCAGGAUGUUUUGGUAACCUUUGUGGCUUCAAAGUCUGAUGGAACAGAAGUGAUGGUUAACAACAAGUAUCUAAAAGCAUUUAAUCCACUUCUUCUCAUCAAUUUCUAUGAGCAGCAUCUUCGCUACAGCCCUACAUCUUGACCGAAUAAAGUAUUGAAGGUGCUUUGAGUAUGUAGUCAGAUUUCACAUGACAGCACUUAGUUAUUUUGUAAGAGUAUCUUUUGUAGAUGCAAAAGAUAGUAAAGGGUAAGAAAUGCAUUGUUUGUUAGUUACAUAUAGGUAUUGACAUUUUAACCAGUGGUUGUCUGGCUACAUACUAUGAUGCAACCACAUACUUUUAGUGUCUCAUGACAUCAUGAUGAUUGGACCAAAUAGUUUCUUAAGAAUUAGUUAGUCAAGAAUGAAAAACUAUUUUGGAUGAUGUCAAAUUUUAUGGAAAUUUAUAGCUAUUUAUUAGCAGUUUAUGUUUGCCUGUUA